UGACGUAGCUAGAUAUCUAGCCUGGCUUGCUAAAGUUUGGAGUUGAGGCGCAGUUUGUAAUUUUAUUCAGAAAAUUAUCCUGUGUGUAGUUACAGAUUUCCACAGUAUGAGCAACGUUCGGUUUUCGGCUACACGGGGGAGCACUUCAGGCGGACCUGAUAAGGUCGACAUGUCUUUAGAUGAUAUCAUUCGUUUGAACAAGAAAGAGCAACAAGCAAAGAGGCCGGGCAUGGGGAACAGCAGGCCACUACAGAAGGGGAAGGGCUUUGUCCAGGGAGCUAGGGCCAGGGGACAGACCCAAAGAGGAGGUGGUGUACCAAGAGGGGGGAUAAUGAAAGCGGGUGUUGGAAGAGCCCGGAAGAUUACCCCUCUGGAUGGUCGACGCUGGGGUCAAGGGGUCAUCACUGGACUGGCAGCCCGGAAGACUGCAGCGCUACAGAAAGGCAUCAGUCCGCUGAACCGACUUGCUAUCAACCAGAAGUUACGCCCCUUCAACAACCAAUCACUGCCUUUUAUCCAACCAGCACAAUACAGACAGACGCAAGGCCAGAAGAGGGCUUACAGACAGACAGACGUACAGAGAGGCGCCAACUCGACUAGACCCUUUCAGCUGCGGAGACUGCCCUUGCACCCUGUCCAAACCCAGAGAGAAGCCUGCCAGUCCACAUUUCUCUUCCGCAGGGGCCUCAAGGUUCAGAAGCUGCCUUUAACCUCUACACCUCCUGCCCCAGUUAGAACUCGCCAGUGGCGCACGUCAACAAACAGCAGUGGGAUCCUGACCGUUUCCAUCGACAACCCCACUACCAUGACACCGCCUGAGCCACCCUGUGCUUGGCCCCUGCAACCCCCGGCCCCCACCAGCUCUGCCCCAGUCAAGAUGGAGGUAGAAGAGGAGAAGAAAUCGGAACCGCCUAAAGGAGUCCCCUUGCAGUUUGACAUCAACAGCGUGGGGAAACCGACUGCGAUGACUUUGAAUGAGCGAUUCCGCAUCCUGAAAGACGAGCACGUCACCACUGCGCAGACCAGCAAAGGCAGCCGAUUCGUCACUGUGGGUUAAGACAAUGAUAUGAAGGCUAGAAGAGAAGGGGGAAUCCCCAAAACCCUUUGUGUCCCAGACAGACACGCACACUGACCCCCACCUAUCUGAUGAGAUUGAACCGUUUAAAAGGCUCAUGAGCUGAUCGGAAGCUGAUCCUCCUGAGUGACGUUCCCUAUGGAGCAGACUUGGGGAGAAAGAGAAACACAAAGUAUAUGACAACUAUACGGGUGCAAUUAUCAUGGAAGAUAGACAAUGUUUGUUUUUGUACCACUAUAGGACCCUAUAUCAAUAUCGUUAACAUUGUACUCAGCUGUCAGUGUUCAGGAGCUUCAACAUUUUGUCAAGACGAUAAGGAAAAUACUUUCUCUCAAAGGAGUGUGGGUCUGCGGUAGUUGUACUGAAGACCAUUUUGGAAGAAUGUUUUUCAAUAGGGAGGUUGCUUUGUGCCAGUAAUGAAGGGUUUUGUUUAGUGUACGUUUUUUUAAAAUGCUGUUUUUGUUUUAGAAUGUUUCAAAGAAAUGUGGCACAUUGUUUCCCGCUCGAUGUUGAAACAUGUAGCGUUCAAGUAUUUUUGCCCAACACAACCCUUAACCACAGUUCACGACACCUAGACACCAGAGGAGGCUGGUGGGGGGAGCUAUAGGAGGACAGGGUCAUUGUAAUGGCUGGAAUGGAAUAAAUGGAA